CAUGGUCCAUUAUUAAUUCAUCAAUAAAUCGUCUUUAUUGACUUACAAUUGCUAGAAAUAGUUUGGUACGGUUCUAGUUUAUCAGUGUGAAUAUUUUAUGAGCGUCAUGAUAUCUAUUACUUUGUUAAAAGAUAAAGGGAAGCUUGCUUCAAAACGUCCCACCACUUUUUUUGUCCGGCCUUGGCCCUCGUUAUCGGACGUUUCUAGUCUGCGCAAUUAAAUCAAUUCGGGAAAAUAAUCCGAUAAACAAAUUUAUUUUAAAACCGGGCGGAAGGCAGGCGUGUGCAAACAUGUUUCCGCCCACGCGUAUUCGUAGCUGCCUUCCAGUCAUAAACCCGAUGUUCAAGCAGCGUUUGCGUCCACACAGACCUUUCCGGCAGACAUCGACGCUGCACAAUCAAACAAAGAACGCGACUCAGUUCCAACGGAAUAAAUGGAUGAAUUUGAGAGCUAUAAUUACGCGGUGGGUGCCUCUCGGAAGCGUUAUUUACGUAGGUUGGUGCUACAUCCGCGCGAGCGUUAACUAUGAAGUGUCGAAAGUGGAAAUCAAAUUUUACGAAAUGUUUCCGUUUCGUAUAACUAGUCGGAUAUGGGGACACCUGGCGGCGUGUGAGCUGCCGACGUCGCUCCGCAGCUUCGUCUACGGUACGUACGUUAGAGUAUUUAAUGUGAAUCUGAACGACGCGGCAGUACCUGAUCUCACAUAUUACAAAAGUUUGGCAGCUUUUUUUGCCCGGCCCCUGCGCGAGGGUGCGAGAAUCAUCUCCCCUGUCGCUUGUGUGUCCCCUUGCGACGGCGUGGUCCUGAACUGCGGGCCAGCAGAUACUGAGAAGAUUGAACAAGUUAAAGGGGUAACAUAUAGUUUAGAAGAAUUCUUAGGUGAAAAUAAAUGGUCGAAAUCGAAGGAUAAAGAUUAUUACAACUCACUGUUGACUAACAAGAAUAAUAUUCUACACCAAUGUAUUAUUUAUUUGGCUCCCGGUGACUAUCAUAGAUUCCAUUCUCCAUGUGAUUGGACAGCAAAUUUCCGGCGUCAUUUCUCAGGAAAACUUUUAUCUGUUAAUCCUUGGAUGGCUCGUCUCAUCCCGGGGCUUUUUACAAUGAAUGAAAGAGCUGUGUAUGUUGGUAAAUGGCAGCAUGGGUUCUUUAGUAUGACGGCAGUAGGGGCAACUAAUGUUGGUUCAAUAGAAAUCUAUGCCGAUCCGGAGCUACGAACAAACACUAAAGGAGGGAGAAACAGAAUCGAUGAAGCUGACUUAGGAGACUUGCCGAUCAAGAAAGGAGAGUUAUUUGGCCAGUUCAACAUGGGAAGUACGAUUAUUCUGCUGUUUGAAGCGCCAAAGGAAUUCAAAUUUGAUUUUGUGUCCGGUGACAGGGUACAGGUCGGCCAGGCCUUGACGAUGACAGCCAAAGCGCAAGCAAGAUGACCAGUUUAUUCAGAUUUAGUUCAUGUCGCCCAAUUUGCACUUGUUUUCUAUGUGAUAAUGCUUAUCAUUUGAAUAUUGUAGAAGCAUAGAGGCUUUGACAAUGAAGCGUGUUGAGGGUACGAUUUGGCGGUUUUGCUACGGACUCUGAGCUUGAAAUAUUAGAUUUUUUAAACCCAUCUCAUUAUUGUGAUCAGAAAUAGAAUGUACAAAAAACAUAGUAUCUAAUGUACUUAUGUCCCAACUUUGUUAAUCUAGUAGAUUUAUAUAGAUAUAGAUUUAAAUAAAAGUAUUAAUUACAGUGUUUUUAAAAUAUCCAGGAGGUUUUAAUGUUUGUAUGUAUGCUCAACUCAAAUAUUAGUAUUAACUUUGCUAUUUUGUAUAAUUAUUUUCUACAAACAAACAGGGCUUUCUCUAUUGUUUUUUAAGGCAUAAAAAACAAAUGAAUGUGGUCUUUUUUGUUACUAUUAUUAUUAAAAGUUCAAGUAUUAUAUGAAUGCCAUAGAUGAUUCACACAGUGUGAUUUAGCGAAGUGAUUGUCAAUCGUCCCUUGCGCCUCAGUGUGUUUGCAAGGAUGCGUUUUAGUCAACAACUGAUAUACCUACUCAUUGUUUAAUCACACUACUCAUUGUGGCAGAUCGUGUUCACAAUGUGGUUAUCGCCUUAGAUACGAAUAUGAUUUUCUACUAACUUCCUCUUUUGCAAUCAAAUCGUAGACAAUGUUCUGGCUGAAUGAGUCAAACAUUCCUUUAAAAGAAAUACGAGUGUUAUUUUGGCGCGCCUUUCAAGAACUGAUUUUAUAAUUAUGGUUUUAUGAUUGAAAACAUAAAAACCCAGUAGUGGUUUGUGUUUGUUAAACGAAUACUUUUUUAAUUGUAUCAUAGUGUUUUUUUUAUUUUAUUGAACAAAGCAUCAUUUAUUUGACUCUCGUGUGAUCAUAGCAUAGAUUUACGCGUCAACUUUUUAAAAGCUCUUUUUUAAGGUGUAUUCUAAUUUAAAGUAAAGAAUUUGUAAUUAUGUAUGUAGUUAUGUUAAUAAAUACGUAUAUUCGCGUCAGAGAAUAUUUGUAAUGAAUGUUGUUUAUGGAAUAUAAUUCCUUUCCAUUUGGUAUUUGCAGCAUCAUACACCUUAUAUAUAUUAUACAUUCGUGUUUUACCCAUAGUGUUCUGCAACGCCUGAAAAACGCAUUUGUCUAUUUCUUUCACUCAAUUUUAAAAAUAGAGAAAUGAAAGAGAUGGAUUAAAUUACUUAUUAAGCGCACCACACACGAGUUGUUUGUUUGUUUUUCCAGUAAUUCAGAGCCGGAAGCUUUUCCCGAACUUUACUAGUAAGUGUAGUCUGUCAAGCCAUUUCCGGCAGUAGAAAAAAACGGCAAAUUUAAAAAAUGCAGGCGCGAAGGGUUAUCGUCCCAUAGAAAAUUUGAAUUUUGUACCUUUUUCUACUGGCAAACUUGUUUUACCGACUAUAGAUCCAGGCUUUAUAUUUAUUAAAAAAAUCAGCUCGUGUGUGGUGGAGUCUGGGGGCCUACCGCGAAAACAGAAAUUCGCCAAUUGCGGGGAUCUUUCUCUUUUACUCUCUCUAAGACGUAAUUAGAGUGACAGAGAAAAAUGCCCGUAAUUGACGAACUUCGAUUUUCGCGGUAGGCCCCCUGGUUUGGCAUGUUUGUUCCGUAUAAAAAGAGUCCUUGAGUUGCUAAUGUUGCUAUAGUUUGGCCCAGAACUGUCUGAUUUCAAACAUAGAGAGAAUCGUACUGUCUUUGUCCUACGCUAGUACUAGCACCCAAAAGAAAGGGAUGAGUAUAAUUUUCCUGAUCCUUACUGGCUGGCAAGUUCUUUGCCAUACUAUCGCUAUAAAGGUACUUUUUAUUUGGAACGACACAUAUUUGACUAAUGUUCGUAAGCUGGAUCUCUUAUUUAUACUUACGUAUGAGAAUGACUAGAACCGAAAUUGCAUAUGUUUUAGUAGAGUGAUAAAAUUGUAAUAAAGUAUUUACAUACA